UCAAACUAUCUUUGUUAGAAGCUGUAAACAGGGACGCAAGUUCCACGGGAACGUCUCUAAAAAGGCUGUUUUAGCCGUUUUAUCGACAGUAACACUGCUUACUGUGAAGGAAGAAUGGAAGACGACGUUCUAACGACACUGAAGAUAUUAAUAAUAGGAGAAAGUGGUGUUGGCAAGUCAAGUCUCCUCUUGAGAUUCACGGAUGACACAUUUGAUCCUGAACAGGCAGCAACGAUAGGUGUUGAUUUCAAGGUGAAGACUAUUACCGUGGAUGGUAACAAGGCAAAGCUCGCAAUAUGGGACACUGCAGGACAAGAACGCUUCCGAACUCUGACGCCCAGCUACUACCGCGGCGCCCAGGGAGUCAUCCUGGUGUACGAUGUCACGAGACGGGAAACCUUUACCAAGCUUGACAACUGGCUCAACGAGUUAGAGACAUACUGCACAAGAAAUGACCUGGUCAAAAUGCUCGUGGGGAAUAAGAUUGAUCGGGAAAACCACGAGCUAGACAGAGCCGAGGGGCUGAAGUUUGCGAGAAAACAUUCCAUGCUUUUUAUAGAGGCAAGUGCCAAGACCAGGGAUGGCGUUCAGUGUGCAUUCGAGGAGCUGGUGGAGAAGAUUAUCCAGACGCCCGGUUUAUGGCAGAGCGAGAACCAUGGUCGAGGAGUGCAGCUGACCGACGAAGAUGCAGGAGGAGGAGCCUGUGGUGGCUACUGCUCCCUCGUCUAGACGGCUAACACCUUCACACAGAAACACUUAAACAUAAACACGAUCGCAAACACAAACCCCCCUAUCGCUGUGUCGUCCUGAGCGGAGCUCCCUUCUCAGACAUGAAGGCAGUGGAGGUCUUGAGGGUCGACUGUCCUCAUGCAGACUUUUUGCACACUUUCUAAUAACACUUCGCUAAAAUGCAACUGCAGCUCAGCCUUCCUCUUAAUGGAUCUCAGCAGAUUUUUUUUUUUUUUUUGUCUUGAGUUGCAUUUUUGUGCAGUUUUGAACCUUGGUCAAAAUUUGAGCCCUUCUCAUGUCCUAUACAUGUUCCAGAUGCUAGAAAAGUACAAAAAAAAGUCCAAAAGUAUCAACCAAAGCUUGUGAAACAGGGAUGAAUCUGUGAGGAAUGAGAGCGGAAACAGUUUUGACAAAGGUUUCCUUUUAUUUUUUGUCUCCAGCAUGCAUAUCGCCCUCGGAGCACCUUGCCUUAGCAAGCACAUCUGUAUCAAUGCAAAGCCAACUUCUCUUCAGUAUUAGUAUUUCCUCUGCCCUGAUCUUUGCUUGAUCCUGCCCUUCAGAUUGAACAUUACCCUGCUCAUGGAGAAGCUUAUCAAGCCAGGCUGACCUGUUUUCCAUCUCACCAGUGUCUGUCUAAAGGCCUGGAUCAUGUGUUUCUUUUGUUGUCCACAAACUGCCUCAUUUCUUCAGAAUAUAAUAGAGUUACCAAGUGUCUGGAACCACAUUUUACUGCUUUUAUUGACUUGGACUUCAAACCUGUGGUGUGUUUUGGAGAGUGCAUGAAUCAAAGAGAUUGGCACCAGCGUGCUUUCCACUGGGUGCCCGAAGAAGAGGGAGCCUCUUAAAAUUGCACGCCUUUGUUGUAACGAGUUGCUUUAAUGGAGUGCGACUUACUGGCACUCGCUCACGCAGACAGAUAAUAUCAGAAAUAUCACUCACACUGCUACAGCUUUGCAUACACAUCCGUUUGACUGGACAGAGACAAAGGAAAAGUGUUCAAUAUAAGCAAGGCAGUGAGUCAUGAGGGUGUUUCCACUGGGUUUGGAAAAUCAAAGACAAAGCUGUGUGUUCCACAUUGCUAAUGGAUUUCACAGUACUCCUAUCUGUGUGUUUUUGUAUCUGAGAAGCAGUUAUACAUGUACUGUACCCCUGACCUCUGGCCAUGUUUGUAGGAUCUGAAUGCUGACGUGUGUUCUUGGAAAAAAUCUGGGAAAUCUAGCUCUGAGAGUGUGAUCUUGUGUGUGGAAUUCAGUGAAAAUGACAUGCAUACAAGCGUCACAGUUUGAUUUUUUUAUCUCUUUAAUUGCAUGUGAAUUUCUGCGUGCCAUCUUUGUUCGUCCAGUGAAUAGCCAUUAUCGGCUUUUUACUCUAAACCUAUAUUUAGCUAAACUAAGACCUUGCAAAUAUGUUUACCAUUUUAUUUAAUGGUAUGUUAAACAAAAAGGAAGUAGGCUUUUACUAAUUUAACUGGUAUAGUAGUCUCUUUCUUGUGUUUGAAAAUAUGUUGGAACAUGUAUACCUUGUAAAUGUGUGUAUUUUAAGGAACUCAGUUGGUGAUUGCUGUAUGAAUUGUAAAGCUGAAUGUAUGCAUAUUUCACUACAAACUUCCCUAUGUAUUAAACUGAAUAAAACUCCUUUUUUAAGCUACAAAAUGCAAGAUUUUUGGGUCGCAGUUUGAAGUUGUUCCCAUGAAAACUAAUUUCCUAUUUUUAUAAGCAUCAAUUGGAUCAAUUUUAAAAUAUUUUUCCCAAUCAAAAAUAUAAAAGGAUGCAUUCAGGCCCUUUACUUAGUACUUACUUAGCAGCAAUUACAGCCGCAAGUCUUUUUGAAUAUGACCAAACAAGGUUUUCACACCUGGAUUGGGGGAUUUUCUGCCGUUUUCAAGAAAUCCUCUCAAGCUCAGUCAGGGUGGAAAUCACCCCCACAGCAUGAUGCUGCCACCACUGGUCCACUUGAAGAGAUUCCCAGAGUUGUCCCUAAGCCACUCCUGAGUUGUCUUGGCUGUAGUGAACCCUGUCUGAGGUCCUGAGCACCAUGGAAUAAGAUUUUUAUAGAAGGUAUCUCUGCACUUUGCUCCAGUCAGCCUUCUCUCAGUCCUGACCGGUCUCUGCUCCAGAAAAACACCACUACAGCAUGAUGCUGCCACCAUCAUGCUUCACUGCUGGGAUGGUAUUGGGCAGGUGAUGAGCGAUAUCCUCCAGAC